CUUUGCUGGCAUCUACACAAGGUGGUGCCUUGUUGUCUCAGCCUCUUGCAGAGAGCAACAAAAACAGAGCACAAGGAACCGAAGCCACCACCAUCUCCGAGAAUGAUCCGGCGGCUGCUCCUGCCGCUCUGCCUCUUCCUCGCACUCGCGCCGACCCCGCCACGGCUGCUCGCCGUCGCCGUCGCCGCCGCCGCCGCAGCCUCGAGUUCCAGCUCCAAGGUGGUGAACAGCCUCCCCGGGUUCCAUGGCCGCCUCCCCUUCCACCUCGAGACCGGGUACGUGGAGGUGGACGAGGAGAACGGCACGGAGCUGUUCUACUACUUCGUCGAGUCCGAGGCCGGCGCGGAGGACGCCCCUUUCCUCCUCUGGCUCACCGGCGGCGACCGCUGCUCGGUGCUCAGCGGCCUCGCCUUGGAGAUCGGCCCGUUCCAAUUCGUCCCAGAGCCCUACAACGGCACCGUGCCGCGCCUGCAACUCAACCCCUACUCAUGGACAAAGGUGGCCAAUAUCCUUUUCGUCGAUACGCCGGUCGGGGCAGGGUUUUCAUUUUCAAGACGACCCCAAGGCUACGAUGUUGGGGAAGUAUCUACCUCGUUGCAGCUCCAUGAACUCCUCAUCAAGUGGUUCACUGACCGUCCCGAGUUCCUCGCAAACCCUCUCUACAUUGGGGGAGACUCUCGUGCUGGACAACUUGUACCAUUUAUCGCUCAAAAGAUCUCAGAAGGUAUCGAAGCUGGAAGGAGCCCCAUUCUUAAUCUUAAGGGCUAUUUGGUAGGCAACCCCGGUACCGGCGAAAUCAUUGAUGUUAACUCUAGAGUGCCAUAUGCUCAUGGACUUGGUAUAAUAUCAGAUCAAUUAUACGAGACAAUAUUGGGGCAUUGCCAAGGAGAAGACUACACGAAUCCUACAAAUACAUUGUGUGCUCAAUCUCUGGGCACUUUCAAUAAUCUCCUCUCAGAAGUCAUGAUGGCCCAAAUUUUGUUGGACAACUGCGUUUAUGCAUCUCCUAGACCAGGCACUGAGACGGACAAAUCAGCUGGUUCUGCCAGGAAGAUCCUAAGCGAGGAAGCAGCAAUUUCAUCGGGGAAACGAGUAAAACACCCGCCACCUCGUGUGCCACCCGGCUGCAUUAGCUACACGGCCUACCUGACGUAUUUCUGGGCGAACGACGCGCUCACCCGAGACGCCCUUGGGAUCAAGGACGGCACCGUGGACGAGUGGGUGAGGUGCCACGACGGCGACCUGCCGUACGCCUUGGACAUCGGGAGCAGCAUCAAGUACCACCGGAAUGUCACCGCCAACGGUUACCGUGCGCUGGUGUACAGCGGCGACCACGACGCGGUUGUGCCGCACCUGGGGACGCAGGCGUGGGUGAGGUCGCUCGGCUUCCCAAUCGUCGACGACUGGAGGGCGUGGCAUCUCGACGGCCAGUCUGCCGGAUUCACCAUAACUUACUCCAACAACUUGACAUUCGCGACCGUAAAGGGAGCGGGGCACACGGCGCCUCAGUACGAGCCCGAGAGGUGCUACGCCAUGUUCAACCGUUGGAUGCUGGGCCAGCCACUCUAGUCGUCUACCUGUAUGUAAUAACAUCAUCUAAGCAGUGGUGCUCGUGUGGGCGGCGGGAGGCCUUGGUCUGUUUUGACCGUGUCCAGAUCUGAUGUGGAUGACCUGACUCUAGUUGUGGCCGUGGCCGGGGUCCCUCUUGUGGUGGUGGCGAGUGUUCGAGCGAAAGUUUUGUGUUUCUAGCGCUGGCAACGAUGGCGUCCGUGGGUGUCGCUUGCUUCAUGAAGACGUCGUCGAAGAUCUUAUCCUUGUGUCAGUGCUCCGUGUGAAAACUCUUGUUCGUAUGGACUCGGCAGCGGCAUUGCUUCGCGUCUUCACCCUCUUGGGGGCGUUGUUGUGGUGCUCAGGUGUCCAUGGUCGGACCUCUUCUAGGUGUUA